UGCUAUUAGAUAUGGUCCGAUGUCCGGAUUAAGUAUUUUAGUUCGAUUCACAUUGGUUUAUUUGGAUUCUACUUGUACAUCGAAAAAUGAAACUGAAUAUUAUAUAUACAUAUUCAAAUAUCACAUAUGCAUACAUGCAUAUAUGUGCAUGUAGGGUGAAUAGAUAUUGAUAGAUAUCAUACAAUAUGAUCAUACACUAUCAUAAUUAGGUCGUGAAGCUAUAUCUUCCCAUGUGUUAUUACAAUUUCUAUAAAAUCAAAUAAAAAACGACAAUAAGUGUGGCUAAUUAGUACUAUAUCUUAAGUCAUUUAAGAUUUUAAUUUGGACUUAAAAGUAACAACGCCUUAAAUUUAGAAACCUUCUCUCUAUAAAAGCAGAAGCUAGCCCACCACUAUAUUACCUCAAAAUAUCAACUCUCUCCCACACUUUCAGAACUCACCUUUUCUAUUUCUCUUUCUAGAAAUUAUCUUCAUCUCUAUCGAUUAUAUAGUAGAGUUAUUAAGAGUAACUUCAUAGAUAUAUGGAGAAAAGAGUAAAGGGUAAUGGUGGGUCGGGAUCAGGAGAUGCAGAUGUGAGAAAAGGGCCAUGGACCAUGGAAGAAGAUUUGAUUCUCAUCAAUUAUAUCGCCAAUCAUGGUGAAGGUGUUUGGAACUCUCUCGCCAAAUCUGCAGGCCUAAAACGCACCGGAAAAAGUUGCCGGCUCCGGUGGCUGAACUACCUCCGACCAGAUGUGCGACGGGGAAAUAUCACAGCAGAAGAACAGCUCAUCAUCAUGGAACUUCAUGCCAAAUGGGGAAAUAGGUGGUCGAAAAUUGCAAAGCAUUUACCAGGAAGAACCGACAAUGAGAUCAAGAAUUUUUGGAGGACCAAGAUCCAGAAAUACAUCAUCAAGAACGGAGAAACGACGACCGCUGGAUCACAAAGCUCUGAGAUCAUAAACCAUCAUGCCACAAGCACGGGCCAAGUCUUGACUGAUACUCAAGAACCCAUGGAUAUGUAUUCUCAACAUGCCAACAAUAUUGAUCAUCAGCUUAGUUACGACACUUAUGUGCCUGAAUCGGAUUCGAUCAUGAUGCCAUUAUCAGUUGAUCAAUCCGAACAAAACUAUUGGAGCGUCGAUGAUCUUUGGCCCAUGCAUUUAUAUAAUGGUAAUUAAUUAAUAAGUUACUUAAA